UUCAGCCUUGCAAACCUUCUUUUGUCUUCGUCGUUGUCGCGCGCCGUAUCAUUGUUGCCAUCCAACUUGCGACUUUCUCCGAGGGCAGCCACAGAGAUUUCGAAUAACCCCGUCUUGAAAGGUUUCGCGAUCACAAUCUACCAAAAUGCCAAAAUUCUUUUGCGACUACUGCGAUGUGUACCUCACGCACGAUUCCAUGAGCGUCCGCAAGGCGCACAACAGCGGUCGUAACCAUUUACGAAACGUUGUUGACUACUACCAACAGAUUGGUCACGAGAAGGCCCAAUCCGUUAUCGAUUCGAUUACCUCCUCGUACGCCGCCGAAGGCCAAGCCCACGCCAAUCCUAUGCUCCCGCAGAACCAACCCGGCGGAGUCCCUCCCGGCCUCGGCUUCCCGCCCCCGGGCGCCGGCGUUCCCCCCUUCCCGCCUUUCCCUGGCGGCAUGCCUCCUCCGUUCCCAGGCAUGCCCGGUGGCGCGCCGGUGCCCCCUCCCGGAGCCUUUGGUGCCCCAGGCGUGCCCGGCGGUAUUCCUCCUCCUGGAGCGCCAGGAGCUCGCGGAAUGCCUCCAAUGCCCCCAUUUCCUGGUAUGCCUGGCGCUCCUGCUGGUAUACCUGGCGUACCGCCUCCGAUGCCCGGUCCUGGUGGUCUGCCAUUCCCGCCCCCAGGAGGUCUACCCUUCCCCCCACCUGGAGCAGGAAACUUUCCCUUCCCCCCUCCCGGUGCGCCAGGUGCGUUCCCCGGUAUGCCACCUUUUGGCGCCCCUGGUCAAGGGCCUCCGGGUGCCGACAAGAGGUGAAGUAGUUUGGUGUACGAUGAGAGUAGCUUGAGAAAGGGCACGACAACAUAGCAACCUGGGUCAGGCCGCCAAAACGAGCAUAAUAUUCACAGCUUUCAGUUUCGGAUUUCAUUCAAUUGGUGUUUACAAUUGGGUUUCAUUUUCUCGGAACACGAUACCAAGAUUCUACGGCGGCGCUGAAGGCGUUAAUCUUUUUUUAAACCAAAAUCGGGUUAGGUCAGUUCAGAAGGGAGGAAAAUCAUAGCGCAGGUCACAUAGCCUGGUUGAAGGUCAUCCUUGCUCGAAUACUUCAGCUAUACAGCAACCGGCGAGCCACCCCGGUUUGCUUCAAUCCGACACAAGGACAUACGAUGAGUGGACUAAGUCGCUCUGGCCUGUCAUUGAUACUGGAAAGGAAAGGCUUUCGAAGGCUGCAGAGCGUGGUAGGUAUGCUGCUUUUGCUCCUGAUGAAGCCCGAUACGAUUCUUUUUUAUCCAAGCUGUUCAGUCAUGCAUUCGUUUGACUGACAAUCGGCUGAGCUAAAGUGAUGCGCAGGUGUCUGGUAAGGCGACGGAGUGGCAUCCGUGCACACCAAACAUGAUCAAGGGAUAAUUCCCAAAGUCUACUUAAAGUCUACAUGAAAAGCGAACAUCAUAGAAGUAGCACAUCCAGAAAUACAACAAACAUCUUGAAACUUG